CUGGUCGUGUUCGGGGCAGGCGCGACGGGCUGCGAGAUCCUCAAGAACCUCGCGCUCCUCGGCGUGCGGCGCGUGCUCGUCGCCGACGACGACGCCAUCGAGGUCUCGAAUCUGAGCCGCCAGUUCCUCUACCGGCCCGGCGACAUCGGCGCGAACAAGGCGACGACGGCCGCCGCUGCCGCACGGCGCUUCAACGACGACGUCGACGUCGCCGAGCUCGAGCGUCGCGACGUUUGGCCUUGGCGCGACAUCUUCGACGAUGACUUCUGGGCCGGUGUCGACCUCGUCUUUACGGCGCUCGACAGCGUCGAGGCGCGGCUCUUCGUCGACGGCAUCUGCGUCGCGCGAACCUUGCCCCUCGUCGACUGCGGGACCCUCGGCGCCGCCGGGUCCGUGCAGCCGGCCGUGCCGCACGUGACGGAGAGCUACGGCGCGACGGCUGACCCGGGCGCGGCCGGCGGCGCCGAGGACCUCGUCCCCGUCUGCACGCUC